AUGGCAGGCUCAACAGGCUCACUGUAUUCCUUUGUUGAAGGAAGAGAAACGCUCAUUACCUUAUUCAAGAAAUAUUUAUUUGGUCAGCUUGGAAUUAAGAAUCCUCACUCUCACAAAACUCUCAUCAUUGCAAUUCAAAACAAACCUACCAACACCGAACAUCGAGAUUCCAUAAUUAAUGUUGACAAAAUCGUGGCCUAUUUGAAAAGUAGACAACAAGAGUUAUUGGAGUUUGCAAACUCACAACGAUCUCUCAAGUAUGAAUCUGUUGAAAUUAUCAAUUUGAGAUUAGAAAGAAUGUCAUUCAUUGAACAAUUGAAUUUAUUCAACGUAAUGGAUGUUUACAUCACUUCACAAGGUGCUGCUUCUUACAUGUCCAUGUUUCUUUCAAAACCAAAUGCCAUUAUGGUGUACGUGCCAAUGUGUUUUGCUUCAACAAAAACAUGUUCUGAUUCCAAUUUGAGAGUUCAUGAAACAUUUUCUAAUGUACGAGUCAUCUCAUUGUUGCAAUAUACAGAAUUAUUGGAAUGUGUGAUUGGAAAUUCAGAUGAAGACGUUGGCUAUCCAGUCCUUCCAGACUUUGCUUAUUCAGAAGAUUUUGGAGAUUGUAAUGAAAGAGUGAAACCAGAAGGAUUGUUUAAGAUUGUGAGUGACGCUCUAUCCAAGACUCUUUAA